AUUAGGGUUUUUCCCAAGCCCGCUUCCUUCGGUCGGCCGCACCCUCUCCCCUCAUCAAAUCCUUGGGGUCUGGGGAUUACAAAACAAAUCCGCCCACUUCCCUUCUCGUCCUCGAUCCACCCCUUUUUCUUUCUUGUUCGAAUCCAUUGGAGCCCACGAUCGAGGUCUCUCUCUCACAUAACCUCCCUGCCCUCCACUCACCCGGACGAAGAUUCUGCGUCACCACCACCGGCACCACAUCACUCUCCCUCGCUGCAGCCACUUCUUCUUCUUCUUGCAGGCCUUUCGCUUCUUCCAUUCCGUGCAGGUCCGCCGUCCCUGGAGCGGCUCCCGUGCUCGGCCGGCCACUGAAGAAAGUUUUUUUACAGGUAACAGUAGGUUCUUGGCAUUGAUCUGAUCGAAUUAAGUGCAACUCAAUCUCGUGGAAAUAAGCCGUGAUUUUUAAUCUGGGAAUCCGUGCACGUUUUGACUUCCUGUCUGAAACAGCCUGAAGAAAGAACUCUCGUUGUCGGAAGGAGACUGCCUUGCGCUUGCGCGGCGGAAUUAAUCCUCCGAUGGAGGCGGCGGCGAGGAAGGCGAGGAGGACGCCGUCCGGCCUGCUGUGCCGCAUCUCCGACAUCUGCAAGGUGCACUCCGUCGGGGUCGCGCCGACAGUCCGCGAGAAGAAGCCCAAGGCCGAGGCCGACAGCACCGCCACCGGCGGCGAGAGCAGCGAAGACGGCGCGCACCUGAAAGUGCACCCGCGGCAGGUGUCGUCCGACAGCAGCGAGUGCCUCUCUGAAACCUCCUCUGCCCGCUGCGAAGAGGCGGUUGUCGAUAAGCUCCUCGACGCGAUUUCCGGCCUCAAGGUGGCCUAUGUCAAUCUUCAGCAGGCUCUUAUGCCGUAUGAUCCUGGGGAGAUUAUGAUCGCCGACGAGCGUUUCGCGUCGGUGCUUGAAGAGACUGCCGAGCUGAAGGAUCUGUAUGUUAAUGUGAAGGAAUGGAGCAAUCCAAGGUACCCGUAUCAUCUGAACUCUAGAAUCCAGGAGCAUCAGAAUUUGGUCAUGGAGUUGCAGGCUGACAUCUGCAAGAAGGACUCUCAGAUCGGUUGGCUUCGGCCGGAGUUGGACGAACUGGAAAGGAAGAACAUGGAACUGGAGGAGAAGAUUGCUGGGAGUGCAUUGUGCAGAGAAGGAUCCUUCACGGUCAGAAGAGGGGUAUCAACUGAAAUGUUCAUGGAUCUUUAUGAGCGUUCAGCGAAGUGUAUCCAUGAUUUUGCUAAAUUCGUCAUUGGCUGGGCAAAGGUUUCUGGAUGGAACCUCGGACAAUCCACAUUUCCAAUCGAUAGUCAUGUUGUAUAUGAGAGAAAGACUGACAAGAAGUAUGCUGUUGAGGCCUAUUUCGCUUGCGUGAUGCUAAUGGGGGACAGAGAGGAUUAUAUUUCCCUGGAUUCAUUUGACUGUAUUAUGAGUUUCAGAGAUCCAUUUGAUGCUCUCAUGAGUGAUCCAGAUUCUAAUUUCGGGAGAUACUGUAGAGCGAAGUAUAUAGUGGCUGUGCCCCAGAGUAUGGAGGAUUCAUUCUUUGGAAAUUUGGAUCACAGAGCAUUUGUCGAGAGUGGUGGUCAUCCAAGGACACAAUUUUACCAGAGAUUUGUGAAAAUGGCAAGAUACGCAUGGGGAUUACUCGCAGUUGCUCGCUCGCUGAAUCCUAGAGCUGAAAUGUUUUAUGUCAAUAGUGGUGUUCAGUUUCGAAAGGAACAUAUGGAGAGUACGCCAGCCAAGAUGACCACGGAGGAGGAGAAGUUCAGUGUUGGGUUUACAGUCAUGCCGGGAUUUAAGGUGGGAUGCACUGUCAUCAGGUGCAGGGUUUACUUGUCUAAGGGUAACGCAAUGGACUUCUGAAAACACCACAUAACAACCAUUAGGUAAGCAGAAUCAGUUAGCUUUACAGUAGCAAGUCUGUUGACUUAAGUUUCUGUGAAGCUCCUCCUAUAUCCAGCAUAGAACUUCAGGAGUAUUAGCUAGUAGAUAUAAUAGCGCAUAAUGUUAACCUGUAGAAUAUUGUGCCGAUAUGUAUAUUGUUUUAAUUUUUUUAUUCAGCUUUCCCUAAA